AUGUGGCUCGAUCAUGGACGCCUAGCGAAAGGUGGUACGGUUACGAACUGGAAAAGGCAGUAUCGCCUCCAGCACAACUGGUCAAGAGGGAUCUGCCGAGUCGUUGAAAUCGAGUUCCCCGAACCGUUGCGGCCGCCAUUGUUGGUGAAAUUCUGUGCCGGCUUUGUCUUCGUGGCGGACUUGGACUAUACGCUCAGGAUCUGGGAGGUUGGGAAUCCACAAUCCUGCCUAGCGUCGAUCCCUGCCACAGAUUCCCUGGACGCUUCAACGGCGUUGGCGGUUGGUCGCCUCCAGCAACAGAAUGUUAUUGAAGUCACCGUUGGUUUCGAAAGUGGCCGCUUCAGCUUGUGGACAAUGGAUCUCAAGACAAUGCGACUAAGCCUGCGGUUUACACACUCUGGAACUGCCGAUGGGGCUAUAACAGGUGUCGCCUUAUCAUUGCCUUAUAUCCUAAUGAUAUCUCAGCAUAAGGUCUUAUCACUGUAUAAGGUCCCGCUCGAAAGAGACAAGCCAGGGCAAGUUCCCACGAAGGAAAAUUGUUUGCUUGCGUCGCUCAAGGCGGAUAGCAUUUUAUCGCCCAUAUCAUUAUCAGUUCGCAUAGUGGGUUCGCAGGUCAUAGCAUCCAUCGUGUACAGCUUUUCCCAUAUAAGCUGUGGGUGGUCAUUGGGCAUACAAGAAUUGCACUUCAAUAAAACCGGUCAGCAAAAGACUUCUCGGCUUGCAACGACAGUGGAAUCGCAACAUGAAACGAUGCCCCUUUAUUCUCUUCACGGGGAAGGCUUGUCUUCUUCAGGUCGCGAAACCACGCGUGGUCAGCAAUAUGGCCGACCCUCCGAACCAUCGAUACUGCAUCGAGAGCCGCCGACUUCGGUGUCCUACUCCCAUCCUUAUCUUUUAACAUCUCACGCAGACAAUACCCUGACGAUGUAUCUUGUUGUAUCCACCGCGGCAGGUCUGUCUGUCAAAAGUGGUCGGAGACUGUGGGGUCAUACUUCAUCAGUUUCGGCAGUACAAGUCAGCAAUCGCGGCAAGGCAGUCUCCAUUAGCUCACGUGGAGGCGAGGUGAGAAUAUGGGAACUUGAGGCCCUCAUAUCGUCUCCCGACACGCAUAGGAGCAUGCGGCAAGAGAUCAGCAUCCCAGCUAGUCCCGAAAACAAAAGGAUCCGGGAAAAUGGUGGUGGCGAGUCACGGUCUCAUAGCCACAUUUUCCAGGCUAGUGCAUCUAUGGCCUCACCUGCCGAGCGCCCACCGUCUGAGUUUAUUCGAACUAGCAGCUGUAUUGGCUUCGACGAAGAGCGGGUACUUUUACUUCGCGAGAUGGGCAUAGGGGGGCAAUUACUCGAGGCUUACGACUUCACGUAA